UUUGGCUCCAGCCAACGCUGCCUGGGCUUUGGGGCGAGGCCAUAGGGCCCUCGCCCGUGGGCCAAGGCUGAGAUGGCGAUGGGCAAGAUGACGCUGAAGGAAGUGGACGUGAGAGACAAGCGGGUGUUAAUCCGGGUUGACUUCAACGUGCCCCAGGACAAAAACGAUCCGAGCGUCAUCACGAAUACUCAGCGCAUCGAUGGGGCUAUGCCAACCAUUCGACACUGCCUGAAGAAGGGUGCCAAAUCAGUUGUGCUUUGUUCACACCUGGGCAGACCAGAUGGGAAAGUCGUCGAGAAGUACUCCUUGGCGCCUGUUGCCAAAGCUGUGGAGAGGUGCCCUCGAAACCUCAGUGGGAAAGAAGCCUCAACGAGAAGCGGAACAAGGAUCCUUGAGCAAGAGGUUCUUUUCUUGAAGGAUUGCGUGGGCAGCGAAGUUGAGGCAGCCUGUGCUGAUCCUGCUGCCGGUUCUGUUAUUUUGCUCGAAAAUCUAAGAUUUCACAUCGAAGAAGAAGGCAAGAAUGAAGCAAAGGAAAAGGCUGACCCCGACAAGGUUAAGGAUUUCCGAGCCUCCUUGGCAAAACUUGGAGAUGUCUAUGUGAACGACGCUUUUGGCACAGCUCAUAGAGCACAUAGCAGCAUGCUUGGUGAGGGCUUUCCCAUCAGAGUGGCUGGCUUUUUGAUGGGCAAGGAGUUGGCCUCAUUUGGCAAGGUCUUGAACAAACCACGCCGACCAGUCCUUGCAAUUCUUGGUGGUGCCAAGGUAAGCGACAAGAUUCAGCUCAUCAAGAAUAUGCUUGACAAGGUUGACAUUAUGAUCAUUGGAGGCGGAAUGGCCUAUACCUUCCUCAAAGUCAAUGAUGAAAUGGAGAUUGGCAAAUCCUUGUUCGAUGAGGAGGGCUCAAAGAUUGUGCCAGACAUCAUGGAGAAGGCGAAGGAGAAAGGUGUGGAGAUUGUUCUUCCAGUUGAUUUUGUUGUAUCAAGUGAGUUUGGGGAGGCUGGCGAGGUCAAGACUGUGAGCAAGGCUGAAGGAAUCCCAGAAAACUUCAUGGGUCUAGAUUGCGGUCCAGAAAGCCAAAACCUGAACCGAAAGGCAGUGAAGAAGGCUAAGACCAUAAUUUGGAACGGACCAAUGGGUGUUUUUGAGAUGGCACGUUUCGAAACAGGAACCAAAGUUUUGAUGGAUGAUGUUGUCGCAGCCACCAAACGGGGUACGACCUCCAUUAUUGGUGGAGGUGACACUGCAACUUGCUGCAAGAAGUAUGAAACUGAAGCAAAAGUGACACACUGCAGCACUGGCGGUGGUGCUUCCUUGGAGCUCCUGGAGGGGAAAGACUUGCCCGGUGUUGUAGCACUGAGUGAAAAGGCACCAAGUACCUCGGACUACAGUGAUGACAACAUUUUUGCAAAAAUUCUUGACGGCACUAUUCCUUGCUUCAAGAUUUUUGAAACAGAGGACACUCUUGCGUUCUUGGACGCGUUCCCGAAAACAAAAGGACAUGCGGUCAUCAUUCCCAAGCGCAAGGGCUUCACUUCGUUGGAGAGCAUGCCGCCAGAUGCCGCUGCAGCAUUUCUCAGUGAGCUUCCGCGACUGUGCAAAGCAGUCAAGCGCGCUACAGGUUGCCAGGCAUUGAACGUCAUCUCAAAUUUGGGGGCAGAUGCUGGGCAGAUAGUAUUCCACCCUCAUGUGCACGUCAUACCUCGGUACAAGGAUGACAAUAUGUUGACUAUGGGACCUUCAGCGACGGAAUUGAUUGAUAAGGACCAGGCCACAGAGACUGCCAACGAGAUGAAGAAUGCAUUGAGGUCCAUCAGGUCAAAGCCAAACAAGACCUCUCAGGAGCUUCAGGCCUUGAAGGCAGAAAACGAGAUCUUGAAGGAGAAACUAGCUGCUCUGGAGCCUUUGGUGGAGGCAGCUAGAGUAAUUCAAAGUUUUAAACCUUCAACGCCGCCAAAAGUUCCGCUUGUUGAUGAAGAGGAACCCAGGGCAAGAAGGAGGGACAGAAUGGUGAAGGCAUCACCUCCACCGCAAAGAAUUCUUGAAAGGAAGGGCAUGGGAAAGGGAUAUAGCAUGAAGGGAGGAUAUGAUGACUGGAUGGAGGAACCGAGAAUGAAAGGAAAAGGUGGAGGCGGUGGAGGCAAGAAUUAUGGCUACUUCAAAGGAGGCAAAGGAAAGGGCAAGUGACGCUAGUCAAGGGAUCUCUUUUGUUGCGUGUGUGUAUAUAUAUUUGUGGAGCAUCAUCUCGAAAGAGCUGUGCCUCACUGAGACUUUCUGUGGUUUCCGCAUGCUGCUACUCAAUCCCACCAAUUCUUGUGCAAACAGAGUUUAGGCCGUAGGGAUCCAGUUUGGCAUUCCCUGAGACAAUUGAAAGCAUGGAAGGUCUUGAGGGUAGUAUGGCUGAUAUGUGUGUGAUUUAGCCACUGAGUGAA